ACUGUCAACAGGAGAGAAAAUCACCUCUGUCUGCCAUUUGCCACCUAUCUACAGGUGGAGUCUAGCGCAAGCGUGCGACACAGUACGACUGGUCAAAGAACUCGCUCUUGUCUGCAUCUAGAUAGCUACUCAAGGAAGACGGUACGUUUUGAAGGAUGGCUAGCAAAUGGCAACCCAGCAAACAACUAGUUCCACAAGAACUGGAAGCCUUUGCUGACCAACGGGGUAUUCGGUAUUUUCUUUUUGCCUACAUCGAUAUCCUCGGCGUUCAUCGAGGUAAACUCGUCCCUAAAUCAGCUGUCAACAAGCUAGCAGAAGAGGGAGGUCAUCACUGCCGAAUCAUGUUCAGAGUGUCUGCUACUGAUCCCGAUAUGGUAGUUGUUCCUGACUUGACGACGCUCGUUCAACUACCUUGGAAGCCUGAAUUUGCGUGGGUGAUGUGUGAUUUGUAUAGUCCUGCAGGUGUGCUGUUUGAGGAGUCACCUCGUCUUGCUCUGAAACGACAGGUAGAGCGGCUGUCAAAACUGGGGGAAAACUGGGUACUCAAGUGUGGACUCGAAUUUGAGUUCUACUUGGUGAACAAGGAUGGAACGGAUGUGGCAGACAAGUUGGAUGAACGUCCGGGUAUUGACUCUUGCUUUCGAACUGAUAGUCUGAUGAGAAGCUCAAAGGUUCUGACUCGGAUUUGUGAUGUGAUUGAUCAGCUUGGAUGGCAUCCAUACCAGAUAGACCACGAGGGUAGCAGCGGCCAAUAUGAGAUAAAUUGUCAUUACACUGAUGCCAUGACUAUGGCUGAUCGCCACGUGUUUUUCAAAUACGUUUGCCAGAGCAUUUCUGAAGAGGAAGGUGUUCGUAUCACCUUUAUGCCGAAGCCAUUUGAAGCCAAAAUUGGCAAUGGGCUGCACAUGCACGUGUCAGUCUGGGAAGGAGAAAAGAACGUUUUCUUGGAUCAGUCGGGAGAGCUCGGUUUGUCACAGACAGCAUACUAUUUCCUUGCUGGAGUUCUUCACAAUGCCAAGGCUUUGUGUGCUAUUUUUUGUCCAACAGUUAAUAGUUACAAACGACUGGUAGCCGCAGGAUGGUGCCCCAAUCGAAUUACUUACACAGGCGACAAUCGCUCUCACAUGAUGAGAAUCCCUGGCCCUGGUCGAUUUGAGAUACGUCUUGCUGAUGGUGCGGUCAAUCCAUAUCUGUAUCAGGCAGCUGUUAUUACUGCUGGUAUUGAUGGUAUAGAGAGAAAGCUUGAUCCUGGUCGUCGAUGUGAUGGAGAUGGAUACAAGGGAGAGCCAGCAGGGGCAGAGUACCUUCCACAGAACCUCCUGGAUGCAACCAGAGAGCUGAAAAAGAAUCAGUUACUCUAUGAAGCAUUGGGAGUGGAUUGCAUGGAUGCCUUCACAACACUGAAGGAACAAGAAUGGCUGAGCUACAUGCGGCAUCUUACAGAAUGGGAACGUAUACACACUUUAGACUGCUGAACUGAACAAACCUUGAACUGAGACAAUGACAUAGUUGUACAUUCAUGUGAUGUCACGUAUUCAAUGAAACUGAAAUUGAUGAGAAUCAGUUAAAGUAAUUCACUGAAACACAAACCACUAACAACUGUACUGCACCAAUACUAAUCAUGUACAGUAGUCUAGCUGUUACCAUAAAUUUUAGACACUCACGACAGUUCAUGUCAAUGGAAGA